CCACCUGAGAGUUAAAAUAUGAAGAGAAGGAAAGGGAAAAUUCCUGGCUGUUACUUAUUGUCAUAUGCUGGAUUGCCCAUUAACUAAUGCUGCUAAAGUUAAACAAAAAAGAAGAAGAAAUGGGGAGCAGGGCUAAACUGUUGACAGGUGCACACUUAAAAUAUAUACUUCUUCACUCAUUGGAUCUCACCUGUCCACUAAGGCUCUUGAAGUGGUGUAAUUGGCUUCACUACGGCCCUGUGAGAUUGUUUUGGCUGAAUGACUGACUUGCCCAAUGCUGUGGCAUGGGGAUACAAGCAUGGGCAUUUCUUCCUCUGUUUCUGGAGGGCUAUCACUGGGGUGUAGGUUCUGCUUUGCUGCCUGGAGAUGGGAAAUUGUAGGGCACUAGUAAAAUUGGGGCAAGGUUGGUAUAUCCCUCUAUAUCAUCAGCUGCUUAACCUUGCCUCUCCUUUUUGUCACCACCCCUUGACUCCGGUGUUCUUGCUGAGCAGCAUGUCAGUCUUCCGAUCGGGCCUGUUGGUUCUGACGUCUCCACUGUCAGCGCUUUCCCUGCGUCUGGUGCCCAUCCUGGCCUCGGCAGCUCGGCUGGUACAAGAUACCCUGUAUGUCCACCUGCAGCCAGGGCUCAGCUUGACAGGUUCCACACAACCCCGCUCCACGUACGUCCAGGCUACCUCGGAGAUAUACACUCUUAUAAGCAAGUUGUACGCUGACGCCGAUGUUCACACCCACCUUGAUAUCCGAGUUCUGCUCACCAACAUCCUCAGCCAGGGCACCACCCCACUGGCACUUGGAUCAGUGCAGAAUCUCUCCCAGCCACCCGAGGUGGUGCUCACUGACUUUGAGACUGGUGAUGGGGGUCAGUCCAACCCAGUCAAGCAACGCCUGGAGCGCUAUGCCACCAGCUGUUACAGUUGCAGGCCCAAUCUCACCUCUGUUUUGUUAUACCCAGAGUAUGAGUUGGAGGCCAUCGAUGGGGAGCUAUCUCCACAGCCAGAUACCAGCGUGACCAGCGAGCCUCUUCAGAGCUACAGUGAUGUUGUCGUGGGGGGCACUUUCGACAGACUGCACAACGGCCACAAGAUCCUUCUGAGCAUGUGCUGUAUGCUGGCAGAAAAGCGACUCCUGUUGGGCGUCUCAGACAAAGAUCUUCUGGAAACUAAGAUACUGAAGGAGCUGAUCCUGCCAUAUGAGCAACGUGUCGCUCAACUGAGCGAGUUCCUGGUGGACGUCAAGCCCUCCUUGCAGUACGAAAUGAUCCGCCUGCUCGACCGCUUUGGCCCGUCUAUCUCUGACCCCCUCCUCAAGUGCAUUGUGGUCAGCGAGGAGACUCUUAAGGGUGGUCUGGCUGUCAACAAGAAGAGAAUAGAAAAUGGACUGGCUGAGCUGGCUGUCCACGAGAUCUCACUGGCCAAUGAUGCUCAGCAUGGCAAAAAUGAGGAAGAGAAGAUCAGCUCUUCUAGUCUGCGGCACAGGCUGCUGGGAACCCUGCUGCGCCCCCCACAGAAGAAGUACUUGGGUGGGAGGUGCUUUCUCAUCUGCCAUGACAUUUUUCUCAAAGCCACUGAUCUCUGCUGUGCAGGAGCAACUGUAUGUGUAUUGGACGCGGCCGUGUUGCUGGAGGCAGGGUGGGCUGGCAUGGUGCAUGAAAUCUGGACUGCUAUUGUCCCCGAGGAAGAGGCCAUCAGACGUAUCCUUGUUCGAGAUGGCAUAAGCGAGGAGGCUGCCCAGAAGCGGCUGCAGAAUCAAAUGCCCAGCAGCCAGCGGGUGAAACACUCGCAUGUGGUUCUUUGCACGAUGUGGGAACCAGAGGUUACCUAUGAGCAGGCAGAAAAGGCUUGGGGCCUGCUCCAGAAACGCCUCAAAGAGGAGUAGAGCUUGAACAGUGAGACUGGGGAUCACCUCUGCACUCCGCUCCCUCUGCACUGCCCAGCUGGAAAAGCAUGCACCGGAUAGGUCUCGGCCUGAUGCAGGGAUCACAGAUGAGGGUGCAGAUGCAGGAAAACGAGUUCAGACUGCCUGAUGGGCGUGGGUGGGAGAGGAUAGAGCUGUGUUCCCCCAUGUUUUUUCCUAUGACAAACAGUCAAGCAAAAGCAGGAAAACAGGACCACCUUUUCAGCAGGCAAGAGCUGUUAUUAAAUGCCUGAGUCAAGGCUGGUUACAACAUGGGAACAAUGGGGAACUAUGUUUUGGCAGUUGUGCCACCUGCUGCUUGCAAAUGGGAGAGGGUGGGGUCUGGCUGUAUUUGGGGGGAUGGCUCCAUUGCCUUAAUCUGCCCCCCUCCUCUGCGCUGUCUACAUACUGUGUGCCCUGUGCAUAAGCUAUACAUAAACACAAAACCUUUUGACCGUCCGUCUAUUUGUGUUGAAUCCCCUGCGGGGAAUUUCUUGCCUGGUGCAUAAUCAUCUCAUUUUCAGUGUUCAGGAUGGGAGAGAGAUCCAAACAAGAACAACAAAAUCCAAGUCAUACUUUUGUUAGGAUGACUCUAAAAUAAAAGACAGGGAAAAGUAGAUUUUGUGAUCUUCAGACCUACUCUACCGGGGUAUGGUUUUGUGAUUUUAAAGCCCGGCCUACUAGGGUAUGGUGGAACUUCUGAUAAGUAAAGCAGAUUCAGUUUUCAUUCUUUUAUAAGUCCUGGGGCCAUAAAAGCAUGAGACAAUAAAACAGUUAAACUGCAUAACAAUUCUCACCCAUUAUAUGACAGCAAUUUUAAAAUAUCUCGUAAUUUAAAUUUGCUUACCAAUUUUUUUUUUAAUCAAGCACUAGUCUUAAGAAUUUUUAUUGUUGGAUUCAGUGGUUUAAGAAAUAAAGCUGUAUAUCCCGUGCAGAAUGAUGUUUGUAAUUUAUAUCCAAGAUGAAGCAAUUUGUUUUUUUAUCCCUUCAACAAAUGCGAAAUUAAAAUUGAAAAAUUUGAUAGCACAAUC